AUGUUGUCAGCUAGGAAUGUCAUGGGCAAGUCCAUGAACCGUGUUGCCACACGUUUGCAAUCCACGAAGGUUCAAGGCCAAGUUAUCGGUAUUGAUUUGGGUACCACUAACUCUGCCGUUGCUGUUAUGGAAGGUAAAGUUCCAAAGAUUAUUGAGAAUGCUGAAGGUGCCAGAACUACUCCAUCUGUUGUUGCUUUCACCAAGGAAGGUGAGAGAUUGGUUGGUAUUCCAGCCAAGCGUCAAGCUGUUGUUAACCCAGAGAACACCUUGUUUGCUACCAAGCGUUUGAUUGGUCGUCGUUUCGAGGAUGCCGAAGUUCAAAGAGAUAUCAAGCAAGUUCCAUAUAAAAUCAUCAAGCACAGCAAUGGUGACGCUUGGGUCGAAGCUAGAGGCCAAAGCUACUCUCCAGCACAAGUUGGUGGUUUCGUUCUGAACAAGAUGAAGGAAACCGCUGAAGCUUACCUUGGUAAGCCAGCUAAGAACGCUGUCGUCACUGUCCCAGCCUACUUCAACGACUCUCAAAGACAAGCCACCAAAGAUGCCGGUCAAAUUGUCGGUUUGAACGUUUUGCGUGUUGUUAACGAGCCAACUGCUGCCGCUUUGGCUUACGGUCUAGAAAAGGCUGACGCUAAGGUCGUCGCCGUCUUCGAUUUGGGUGGUGGUACUUUCGAUAUCUCUAUCCUAGAUAUCGACAACGGUGUCUUCGAAGUCAAGUCCACCAACGGUGACACUCACUUGGGUGGUGAAGAUUUCGAUAUCGUUCUAUUGAGAGAAAUCGUCUCUCGUUUCAAGGCCGAAUCUGGUAUCGACCUAGAAAACGACCGUAUGGCCGUUCAAAGAAUCAGAGAAGCCGCUGAAAAGGCCAAGAUCGAAUUGUCUUCCACCGUUUCUACCGAAAUCAACUUGCCAUUUAUCACAGCUGAUGCCUCUGGUCCAAAGCACAUUAACAUGAAGUUCAGCAGAGCUCAGUUCGAAACUCUAACAGAACCAUUGAUCAAGAGAACUAUCGAACCAGUCAAGAAGGCCUUGAAGGAUGCUAACUUGUCUACUUCUGAUGUCUCUGAUGUUCUGCUAGUUGGUGGUAUGUCCAGAAUGCCAAAGGUCGUUGAAACCGUUAAGCAAUUGUUCGGUAAGGAACCAUCCAAGGCUGUUAACCCAGAUGAAGCUGUUGCUAUUGGUGCUGCUAUUCAAGGUGCUGUCUUAUCCGGUGAAGUCACCGAUGUCUUGUUGCUGGAUGUCACCCCAUUGUCUCUAGGUAUUGAAACUUUGGGUGGUGUCUUCACUAGAUUGAUUCCAAGAAACACAACUAUUCCAACCAAGAAGUCUCAAAUUUUCUCUACUGCUGCUGCCGGUCAAACCUCUGUUGAAAUUAGAGUCUUCCAAGGUGAAAGAGAAUUGGUCAAGGACAACAAGUUGAUCGGUAACUUCAACUUGUCUGGUAUUCCACCAGCUCCAAAGGGUGUUCCUCAAAUUGAGGUUACUUUCGACAUUGAUGCUGAUGGUAUCAUCAACGUCUCUGCUAGAGACAAGGCUACCAACAAGGAUGCCGCUAUCACUGUCGCUGGUUCCUCUGGUUUGUCAGAUGCUGAAAUUGAGCAAAUGGUUAACGACGCUGAGAAGUUCAAGUCUCAAGACGAAGCUAGAAGACAAGCUAUUGAAACCGCUAACAAGGCUGACCAAUUGGCCAACGAUACCGAAAACUCUUUGAAGGAAUUCGAGGGUAAAUUGGACAAGGCUGAAGCUCAAAAGGUUCAAGAUCAAAUCAACUCUUUGAGAGAAAUUAUCACCAAGGUUCAAAGUGGUGAAGAAGUUAGUGCUGAAGAUUUGAAGACCAAGACUGAAGAAUUGCAAACCUCUUCCAUGAAGCUAUUUGAACAAAUGUACAAGAACGACUCCGGUAACACCAACGCUCAACAAGGUGAAGGUGAAAACAAGCAAUAG